AGGCAUUGUGGUCUAGAUCCGCCCACUCGGACAGAUUUUGAAGUGUUUCUUGUCUUGUCAUUCAAGGAUUUAAAACCCGUUUUACAUGUUGUUUAGUGGCUACGUGGCAUAUAGCUACAUGGUCAGUUAUACCUAUUUCUUGACGCUUUGAAGAAACAAGUUGGCAAAGGGUUGAUUAACUUUUAUGAGCGCCACUCUAACCUCAAUCUCCCAGGAUUUGAUGCUUGCUGCCACCCUGCUCUCUUUAACCCAUUGAUGACCCCAUCUCGUACUGGGCCAAGAUGAAAGCUCUGAUCCUAGUGGGUGGCUAUGGAACCAGACUCCGGCCUCUAACCCUCAGUGUUCCUAAACCACUGGUGGAGUUUGCCAACAAACCCAUCCUUCUGCAUCAAGUUGAAGCCCUGGUCAAGGCUGGAGUUAACCAUGUAAUCCUGGCUGUGAGUUACAUGUCAGAUCUGUUGGAGCGAGAGAUGAGGGUUCAGGAAGAGAGGCUUGGUAUUAGAAUCUCCCUGUCACACGAGAAGGAACCACUUGGAACAGCCGGUCCUCUUGCUCUGGCCAGAGAGCUGCUAACAGACAACGACGAGCCAUUCUUCGUCCUCAACAGUGAUGUCAUCUGUGACUUCCCCUUCGAGGACAUGUUAAAGUUCCACAAGCACCACGGCAGAGAGGGAACCAUUGUGGUAACGAAGGUAGAGGAGCCGUCUAAGUAUGGUGUGGUGAUGUACGAGGUAGAGAACGGACGAAUCCACCGUUUUGUGGAGAAACCCCAGGUGUUCGUCUCCAACAAGAUCAACGCAGGGAUGUACAUCUUCAGCCCAACCAUGCUCCAGAGGAUCGAGCUCAGGCCCACCUCCAUUGAGAAGGAGAUCUUCCCAUUGAUGGCUGAGGAGAACCAUCUCUACGCCAUGGAGCUACAAGGGUUCUGGAUGGACAUUGGUCAGCCCAAGGACUUCCUGACAGGGAUGUGUAUGUACCUGCAGUCUGUUCGACAACACACGCCUGACAGACUGAGGACUGGGCCUGGGUUCCUGGGGAACGUACUGGUGGACCCUACUGCCCAGAUAGGGGAGAACUGCACCAUCGGGCCCAACGUCACCAUCGGGGCCGGCGUGGUGCUGGAGGACGGGGUCAGGAUAAAAAGGUGUACGGUACUGAAGGGGUCAAGGGUCAGAUCACACUCUUGGCUAGAGUCCUGCAUCGUAGGGUGGAGCUCCUCCGUAGGACAGUGGGUGCGUAUGGAGAAUGUGACAGUCCUGGGGGAGGAUGUUAUUGUGAACGAUGAGCUCUACCUCAACGGUGCCAACGUGCUUCCUCACAAGUCCAUCACCGACUCGGUGCCUGAACCACGCAUCAUCAUGUAGUUCUAGAACAACAGACGGGCCAACAGCGCUUUAUUAGAACCGGCCUCAAGCGCUUUAAGUGCCACAGAGAUGGGUUGUGGUUGUACUGGGUACCAGUCCGUUUCUGCUAACAUUCCGCUCCUUGUCCUCUGUCAUGUGCUGUAUGUUUAGCAUGGAGGAGUGGAAUGAUGGCAGAAACAGACUGGUACCCAGGCUAGGGUACCCAGGCUAGGGUCUGGGUAGUGG